AAACGAGGUUCGGUAAGCCGAAGCUGAGACAUGAAAGAAAGAAAUCUAUAUAACGCGUUCAAGUCAACAUCCAGUGCAAAUCUACGUACCCCAAUCCUUGCACACAACUCUACUUUGCCAUGACAUCCACUAUCAUCUAUCGUCGUCAGUCUAUGGCGACUCUCUACGAUAAACUUCGUGCUCAAGACGGGGAGGAUCAUAUGGCUUGGCUUGCCGAAGUUACCGCCGAGUUCGACACUGAAGAAAUUUUCGUUCCUUCUGUCCCAAGUCCACCUUCGGUUAUCUCAUCUGGUUCAUCUUCAGCAUCAUCUUCAAAUUCACCUCAAAACUCAACAACUUCCCUGGACUCUAAUGAUCAACCCGGAGGCGAAUCCGACUCCGACUCUGAUUCGGACUCGGGGAUCGAACUCAUUGAUAAUCCAGAUGGGAUUCUCUUUCAGUGUUAUGACCCUAUUCAAUACAACCCUUCAGACUUUCUGGACCACAAUCUCCAUCCAAUCGCGGAUCUUCCUUAUAUCCCUCCCGUCGAACUCAACUGCAACCCUCCACUCAACUUUGAGUGCGACGCAGAGUCCCAGAACGCGCUUACCAUGGAACCCACUCCCCUAUCUUCCUUUAUUCCUCAACCCGCAUUCUCUACAGUAGACAACUCCCUGCCAUUUAUGACGCGCUCUACUCGUUCCUUCCUCAAGCGUAACGAUUUUGUUGCACCCCACGAGUUGGAGGAGGAUGCUGACGGGCAGAGUGACGCUGACGAGACGGAUGAUGAAUAUAUUCCAUCAUCUUCACGUAAUUUGAAAAAGCGUCGUCGCUCCACGCGUCAUUCCAGCGUGUCUUCCCAUGUCCCCACCUAUACCACGACCCAAUACGUAUCGCCUCCCGCAAAACGACAUCGCCCUUCCCCCCUUCCACGAAACGCGCAAGCUAUCCCUGGCAGUACUCCUAGCUUUGCAAACAAAUCUAACCCUUGGGCGUGUCCUUAUUGCAAGUGGGUUCAGCGCAAUCAUCGUACUCCCGACCUUAAACGACAUGUCCGCACGCAUACGCGUUUCGAGAGACCUGCACAGUGGGUUUGCUGUGGUAUACCCACUGAGUCGGCUGCAAUGUACAACAUUCCGCACGACGCGACUCCCUACAUUCACAACGGCAAACAGAUGAUUGGAGGAUGCGGGAAGGAGUUCAGCAGGCGGGACGCGCUCAAGCGUCAUCUGGGCAAUGACCACAUCUCUUGCGUGGGAGAUAUCGACGCGUUUGCUAACGUCUACGACGAUUAAUCACGAACUUAUGAAACGAUCGACUUUGUGGUGGCUGUCAAGAUAAUCUGACAGCAUUUUCUUCUAUGUAUUACCAAGUACCUUAUCAUACCCUGGCCACAGCGCUUGUCUCUCUCAUAUUUGGAACUCAUGUGUCACCCUUCUACCCCAGCUACAGUUGCACCAUCUUUUCUGUACAUUGCUUGUUGCGUUUCCUUAAAUUCGUCAGAAUGCUAGUACUGUAUUAGUACAUACUGUGUAUGUACUUCCCCAUAGAACGACCGAUCAAUCACUCUCCUAUCUGGUUGUCAGACUUUUGACGUCAGGUACUAGUUAUUUUCUCUUUCAAUCAUGAGAUGCUAGCGGCAAGGU